AAGAGGGGUCUAGAUGGUAAGACCUUUGGCCAAAAUAGGAAGAGAUAAUAGAUUUCAGCAUGCACAACACACACCGCAUCCGUGGUCUUGACGUGGUACAGCUAUCCAAAGUAGUUCAUAAAAUCCGAAGCCCCUCUGACAGAGUUUCAUCUAGCGUCCUAGCGUCGUCAGAUCCGGGGAAGUGGGAAGGGCCCGGGCUAAUCGCGUGUGAAGGAGAUCGGAGAAGGCGUGGAUCAAGCUUGGGCCACAGCGAGGAUGGACGGGGACUGGAAUGUUGGUCCAGGAACUGAGAGAAUGGCGUUGGCGAGGUCGUCUCGCCCGGUUGGUAAGCCAAGUGACAGGUGGAAUCCCCAUUGUUGAGACCCCGCCUGGCUUGCUGUCCUUAGUAAUUGCUUUUGCUGCGGAGAAAUUGAUGGAAGGCAAGCCAUCGACGAUCAUUCAGGAUGGCUUGCGCUGGCGGACGUGCGACUGCUGCAGUGACCCGCUUACCGCACCCCAAGGUCCAGCGCCCAGGGUUCUUCCACAGCCAGCCUGGACUUUAUUACCAGGAAGUGGACUACUUUACGAGGGUCUAAUUCCCUGGUCCAGCCUACCCUGCAGAUGCUGUGGUCUGCAGCGGCCGAUGUUUUGGAGCCAGAGAGAGCCCGAGCACGACACCCAGCACGACGGUGGCAGUCAUUCAAUCUCAUUGACAAGAGCAUUCAUUCCGAAUCAGGUUUUGAAGUAUUACUGGCGAGUCUAGAACCGCCCAACUAACAAUUCGCCAGGUCCCCGGUUCGACCCUGGAAACCAUCCAUGCAGCCUCCAAGUUUCCGGGUUGGCGGGACACGCUGUUAUAUCAUGAGAACCUCGCAAGACGUGAGACAUGUCUAUUAUACUACAAGGCUCCGUAUGUCAAGAUUUGUAUCGUAGGGACAUUUCAUAGGUUGGUGAGGUAGUCC